GGAAUAAAUUAAAGUCAAAUCUACCGUUUUGACAAAAGCGAAGUGAUGUUAGGACUUUAUAAAACAAACCAGCAGUAACUAUACAAUCUUUACGUUUCUUUGGUUAAAUAACCUAUAAGGCCUACAUGCUACUUUUGAGCAGUUCGUCGUUUACGUUACUUGGAAACCUGAGUGCAUAUAUUUGAUUUAGGGCUAUACAGAAAGUAGCGGACAGCGAAGGGCCGUCAGCGUAAUUGAGUUUUCCAAAUAGUUUGUUCAAUAUUCACUUUAGCAACUGAAAAAUAUCUGUUUAAUGUAAAUUUCAACAUUAUGACUCAGACACCGUUGGAUGAAGUGUACAGAAAGACGUUUCAUGUAUUCCCCAAUGACAACCCUGCAGAUAUAAUGAAAUAUUACAACAAAAAUGGGACAACUUACGACAGUACCAUGAAAACUAUGACGUACAUCGCUCCUGAUGUUGCCGCACAAAAAGCAGCUUCGCUUGUGUCAGAUAAACAAAAGGAAAACUUUAAACUGCUGGAUCUUGGAGCAGGUACUGGACUUUCAGGUGCGGCUCUCCGACGUUCUGGUUUUCUUGGUAACAUAAGCGCACUCGAUGGGUCAGCCGAAAUGCUCAAAGUAGCCACGGAGAAAGGUAUAUACAGCGAUUCAACCGAACAUAUUCUGACUUCCUCAAACCCACUUCCUUAUCCGGAUCAUUCGUUCGAAAUGGUUGUCAGUGUUGCUACGUUUACAAAACAUCUAAUGGAACCAGAUUGCCUAGAGGAAGUUCUGCGGGUUUUAAAACCUCAUUCUUACAUGAUCAUCACGAUUCGAAUGUAUAGCGAAGUACAAGAUUACAAGGUUCGUUUUUACGACGAACUUGAUCGACUUGAAGCUGCCGGUUUGAUGAAGAUUUGUUCAAGUGAGAAAUUCCCUUAUUACAAAUGGGAUAAAAUUUCAGAUGAAUUCAAAGUAAACCUUGCUGAUCAAUACGGAGACGUGCUGGUGCUACAAAAGCUGGAUAUUAAUUAAAGUACUUUUGAAAACAGCUAUAAUAUUGUGUAGCGAUAUAAUUGGAAUAAAACAAUAAUUGCAAUUAACAUUUUCCGCGUCUUGGUCGUGUUUAAACCUUUCCAAAUAA